AUGCUCUCACAUCCGACCGACUCUCUCCUUACGUCUGCGCUGCUAUGUCUGCUUCCAGUGGCCCUGUUCCUUGUGGGGAGAAUCGCCCCUAGGGCUUGGUCGCAGCGGCGGGAUCUCCCGGUGAUCAACCCCCGGGAUCCCUGGAGCUUAAGCACCGGUUCGGCCCGACUACGUUUCCUUCUAGGUGGCCCAGGGUUAAUUAAGCAAGGACUCUCUAAGUGGAAAGUCUUCCAAGUGCUCACAAAUGAUGGACCUCAAGUCGUCCUCGAUCCAGAGUUCACCAAAGAAAUUCGCAACCAUAACUCCCUCAGCCUGGGCGCGUUUAUGUACCAGCGCUUUCACGCCCACCUGAACGCUUUUCGCCCAUAUCAAGCAUUUUUCGAAAAAGAUGAGGCUUUCAUAAAAUUCAUCCGGAAGAAGCUGGUGCCACAAGCCGACCUCAAAUGUUGCUUGAUUCAAAAAUUGACUUCCACCCCUCCAGAAUGGCAUCCGGUUGCACUGAAGUCAAGCCUUGGAAUGAUCAUCGCCCGGGUUCUGGCUAAAACAUUCGUUGGAGAUCCUCUGUGCAACAAUGUGCGCUGGCUACAAAUCAUGGUUGAAUACACAGUGGACUCCGUUCAGGCCUCCGAGGCACUUCGAAAGUGGCCUACGAUACUUAGGCCUAUCAUGAUCCAUGUUCUUCCAGUAUGCCGCAAGCUCAAAGCGGAGAUGGCGGAAGCGGAGAGUCUAAUUGGUAGUGUACUAGAUCAGCGCCGCCUAGAUAAAGAGGCGGCUUCACAGUCUGGACAGGCACCAAAGCAACAUAUGGAUGCAUUCGAAUGGAUGAGUCAACACUACCAGGAGAUGGGCCGUCCAUGCGAUCCCGUUAUUGUUCAGCUGGCUCUCGCAGUGACAGGAAUUCAUACAACGACCGAUAUGCUUGCUCAACUGAUGUAUGAUCUUGAUGGGAAAGACGACUUGAUCGAGGCUCUCCGAGAGGAAGUUACAACAGUCAUCGAGAAAGAGGGCCUCACAAUCUCCAGUUUGAACAAUAUGCGACUGAUGGACAGCUGUCUGAAAGAAAGCCAGCGGCUGAAGCCCGUCCAAGCAGUUGCCCUGCAACGUAUUGCGCUGGAGGGUUUCGACCUGUCCGAUGGUACCCACCUUCCAAAAGACACCCCGGUCAUCCUGUCAGCUGGCACAUGGGAUCCUGAGGUGUACAAAGCCCCUGAAGAGUUUGACGGGUACCGAUUCCUGAAGAUGCGAGAGAACCCAGCCAAUGAGACCGCGUCAUUAGCGGUCACCCCAACAUCGGACCAUACGGGCUGGGGAUUGGGCAAGCACGCCUGCCCGGGCAGAUUUCUGGCAAUACAUGAAAUCAAGAUCGUACUCUGUCAUCUUUUGACACAAUAUGAUUUCAAAGGCGCCGGCGAAAGACCACCGCAGACUAUCAUUAUGGGCACUGCUACGCUCGCCGAUCCCUUCGCAAUGUUCAGUAUCAAACGGCGGGAUCAAAGUGGGAGCAACGUGUUAGUCGUUUGA